CCCCCCCCACUGAUCCAUCCCACCUCAGUUUCCCUGCCUGGUUCGGCCCCAAGAAUCCCUCAGCCCAUCUGGGGAUGAAAUGUGCUGCCUGCCAAGCCAGGAGAGGGUGAAACGGUUCAGAGAUGGCCGACUCCAACGCCAUCCUUUUGUUGUUGUUGUUGUUGUUGUUGUUUUCUAGCCACUCCAACGCACAAUCACCGCCGGUCCUGCUUGCGAAUGAAAGUCUUUGUCUGCUGCCAUUCCCCGUCGUUUUCUGGGGACAGAGUGGUACCAACUCUUCCGCCAUUCACUAUAGGGCCCGAAGUGAAGAUUGAGGAUCUGGAUCAUUUUAACCCCGAGAUGCCCAAACUGGAGAAGAGCAUCAGUGGGACGAGUCCGAAGUGGGAACACUUGCCUUUAGCCCUGGCAGUCGCUUUCUUCCUUAUGAUUUUCCUGGCCUCCUAGCUGUGUGGAUUGGAGGGGGAGGGGGCCCAGCAGUAGCUCCCUCCCCAUCACAGGGGCCCGGUCUCUUCCUCAAGGUCUCCUUGGCUGUUGGGUUGGCACAGGACAGAGAGAAAACCAAGUAUAUUCACCGUGAAAUUUCAGAGCAAGACACAUUUGACAGGCCUGGGUGGGAAGGUGGGGUCGCCGAAGAGAACAGCGAGAUUUCACGGGCAUAACACUCCUCCGUCCGGAUAAUCGUGAUCCCCACUUUGGCCGUCUUCUCCGCUUCCCACCACACGCCGAGGAACAACCCUGCUUUUAAAGGCGGGAUCCAGAAUUUAAGACAAAAACAAAAAAAACGGGGCUCUUUUCUUUUCUCCCCCCCCUUUUUUUUUAAAAAAAAAUAUCAUUCUGCUAUUCCUGAGCGCGACGACUUUCGCUCGCCGAUCCGUCGCCCUCUCGUUCUCUCGUCUCGCCCGUACAAGCGGACAAAACGAGCGGAUGAAUCCGCAAAAAAUCGUACCCGUAAGGAUUUGGAUCAGGACACGGACCGUUUGUUAAACCUGGCUGUUGGG